AAUGCACAUAAUCCUCCAGGCGGAGUCCCAUGCAGGGGCGGGCAGGCAGCGUGGCCAGCGGAGGGCUGUGACCGAGAACCUGUCAUUCCGGUUCUCGGGCUGCACGCGGCGACCACUUCCUCUGUCAUUCAAACCCCGGGGUGCGGGUCCCCGAAAGCAGCAUCCAAUCCGGGGCGCCGGGCUGGGUCCUGGGAGCUGGCCAAUCAGGCGCGCGCGUGCGCAGAAGCCGCCGGUUCAAGGCUCUCGCGGGUCUUUGAGUCUCGCGCGGCCCCUCGCGGUUUGGCGGCUGCGCGCCUCCGAGAGGUCCCUGGUGGCUCCGCUGCAGCCUCAGUCACGCAGUGUCCUGCACUGACCACAGAGCCGCAGGGAGGACGCCGGGACACCCCGGAAGCCGGAAAUGGGCUAGAUUCUGUGCUUUGCCUGAGAAGUAGAAGAUGUAAUUGCCUUAGAACUUCCUUCUCUCUUGACUCAGUGGCCUUGGAGGAUGUUGUUGUGACCUUUACCCAUGAGGAGUGGGAUUUACUGGAUCCUUCACAGAAGAAUCUCUACAAAGAUGUAAUACGGGAAACUGUCAGCAACCUUGCAUCUCUAGGAAGACAAUGGAAAGAUGAAACUAUUGAAGAUGAGUAUGGAAAUCCCAUGACAUAUCAAAGAAGUGAUGUGGUAGAGAAUCUGUAUGAAUGUCAAGAAGGUAUUCAGUAUGGAGAAACUGUCGACCAGAUGCCACAGUACAUUCUCAACAAAGAAACUCCUCUUGGAAUAAAGGCAUACGAAAGCAGUAUGUGUGAAGAAGUCUUCACUGAUCCUUUAUCCCUUAAUGAGCACAUCCCAACUCAAACUGGACAUGAAUCAUAUGAUUAUCAGGAAUAUUUAGAAAAGCCAUAUAUACAUAAGGAGUGUGGGAAAGCCUUCAGUCAUUGUCACUCCUUUCAAAUACAUGAAAGUGCCCACACUGGAGAGAAACUCUAUUAUUGUAAUGAAUGUGGAGAAACCUUUUUCUCUCUUGUAAGUGUCCAAAGACACAUGAUAAUGCAGAGCGCAGAUGGACCUUAUAAAUGUAAGGUAUGUGGGAAGGGCUUUGAUUGUCCCAGUUUAACUCUUCUUCAUGAAAGAACUCACAGUGGAGAGAAAAUCUAUGCAUGUAAGCAGUGUGGGAAAGCCUUCAACCGUUCCAGUUCUUGCCGAAUCCAUGAAAGAAUUCACACUGGAGAGAAACCGUAUGAAUGUAAACAGUGUGGUAAAGCCUUCAUUUUUUUCAGUUAUUUGCGAGUCCACGAAAGAACUCAUACCGGGGAGAAACCCUACCAAUGUAAGUAUUGUGGGAAAUCCUUCAGUUCUUCCAGUUACUAUCGAAAACAUGAAAGAAUUCACACUGGAGAGAAACCUUAUGUAUGUAAGCAAUGCGGGAAAGCCUUUAAUCGUUCCAGAUCUGUUCAGUACCAUGAAAAAGCUCACAGUGGAGAGAAACCAUAUGUAUGUAAAGAAUGCGGAAAAGCCUUCAUCUGUUCCAGUUCCCUUCGAAAGCACGAAAGUACUCAUACUGACGAAAAACCAUACAUAUGUAAGGAGUGUGGAAAAGCCUUUAGCUUGUCGAGGUACCUUCGUAAGCAUGAAAGAAUUCAUUCUGGGGCUGCCUUCCUUGCUCAGCUGUUCAGAGAACUGGGUUCCACAUGGAUGACUGCAGUUCGGAUGCCAGCCUCAGCAGUAUGAAAAACACGAUGGGCACGUGUAUGUGUGCCCCAAAUCCUGAUGGGAUGGAGAAAUAGAGGAAAAAGGUUUGCAGUAUGACCAUGCUCCAUUGGGAGAUUCUCUUCUUUUCUUUCUCUCUUUCUCUCUGUCUCUCUCUGGUGAGUACAUGCACCCUCUAGCAAUAAAAGAGAAAGAAAAAAAUAAAAUAAUAAUUCACACUGGAGAGAAACCCAAAAUAAAGAAUGUUGGAGGACUUUCAUGAUCACUCAACCUUUCUACCACCCAUGAGGGUACAUAUUUCAGAGGUCCUUCAUAAAUUUAAUGGGUGUCAGAAAGCUUUUAGUCUUCCCUUUUCCAUUCAAAGCCAUCAAGGAAAACAUGUAGAGAAACCUCUUGAAUAUAAUAAAUGUGGACAAGCCUUCAGUUGACCCACAUGUAAAACUAGAUAACUGCUUUAAAACUCUGCAAGCUUGAAAAAUACAGGAAUGUUUUUAACUAAUUCUUUUAAAGUCAUAUGAAAAGUAAUACAACAAAAUCCUGUAAAUAGAAUAGGAAAAGCCAGAUGCACACUUACUCAUGUAGAAUGCCCCCGAAAAUAACAACCUGAAGGAAAUGUUAUAUAAAAGUUAUCAACAGUCUUUUUUCAGUAGCUUAUUUAGCAGGAAUCCUGUACUGUCAAUUUCUAAUUCUUGAAAAGAAACAUUGAAGUAACACAAUUCCUAAGUAUUGUUUAAACAAUAGCGUAUGUAGUGUUUUUUCUUAAAAUCAGUUGGUGAAAUUUAUCUUCCAUUUUGAAGCGUGUUCCAUCCAUAAGUGUAUUGAAAUAUAUUUUUAGUGUGCAGUGAGUUUAGGGUCAGUUCUGAGGUCUGGUGGUGAAGACAGCCAGAUCCCAUGUGACCAACCCACAGUUCGAGUCCCAGACCUGGCUGCUUCAGAAGUAUGCCAGAGUACGUGCCCAAAAUCCCAACAGGAGGGGGAGAUAGAGGAGAAGGGA